UGGCUGGCUGGCUGGGGGGGACGGCGGGCGAGUGAGCGAGUAGGCUUUCUGUGGGUGGGAUUGGAAUGCUUAACCACAUAUGCCUUUCUAAUGGGUGAGCUGCCGCUCUCACUCGCCCGCUUUGAUGCCCCUCCGCCCCGUGUGGCAUGUCCUCCUGCUGGUGGGUAGUAAGUACCAGACAUGUACACUCAUAGCCUACCCUCUGCACUAUGCUAGAGUAGAGUACUUUGUACGUUGUUAUUGUUGUUGUUGCGCGAUAGGAGUGGUGGAGCAUCAUCAUUGGCGGGGAUCGGGGGAAAAGCAGAGAUGCGGAUGCCCAUCCAUCAUGGGGAAGAGGGAAGGCAGCAUAGUACCGUAGUGGAGCGCUACGAUGCGUGGUUUCGAAAUAUCUUACGCCGUAAGUAUGUAGACUACUGUGAGGAUUAAAGAUUAGGCAAGGGAGUAGAUACAUUCAGAGUUUUUUGGGGGGAUGGAGCCAUACACAAUCUUCCAAUCCAAUGCCAAUGCACCCUCCCCCC